AAAUUUAUUCAUUACUCAGUUUUGAUCGAAUAUAUUCCAUUCUUACCAAAAUGAGGAAACUUUCAGAGAAAAGUUCAGUUGUAUUAGUUUGUGUGUUAUGCAUGAUGUUGCUGCUUCUCCCAUUUUGUUUGUCCGUAACAGCAGCUUGCGUUCAAAAGGAGUGUGAAGCUCUUCUUCAAUUCAAGAAUAGUUUCUAUGAUGAUCCUUCCCAUCGCUUGGCUUCGUGGAAUGGAACUGAUUGCUGUAAUUGGAAUGGAGUGGGUUGCCAUCAAAUUACUGGACAUGUUACUAUCAUUGAUCUUCGAUACGAUUAUCAGGUCGACUCAUCACCUUCAUACAGCAAUAAUUCCAUUGAUUCUAGUUUGCUUGAGUUGAAAUACUUAAAUUACUUGGAUUUAAGUGGGAACAACUUCUAUACUCAAAUCCCAAGCUUCUUAGGUUCAAUGGUCGAAUUAACAUAUCUUAAUCUUUCUGACACAGCUGUUUCGGGCAAAGUUCCUCCACAUUUAGGAAAUCUUACUAAAUUGGAUACUCUUGAUUUAUCUUUCAAUUAUGAAUUGCAAAUGGCUAAUACUGGUGAUGUUGAAUGGAUAUCUCAUCUUUCAUCUUUACAGUUCCUUGGCUUGGCUUACAUAGACUUCUCAAAAUCUUUGAAUUUGAUGCAAGUAAUAAGUUCUCUUCCUAUGUUGUCCUCUUUAAGAUUGAGAGCUUGUCGCCUUCAAAGCACCCAUUUUUCUUUGAGUUCAUGGUUGAAUUAUUCAUCAUUCCUUUCUAGAAUUCAACUUCUAGAUUUGUCUUUCAAUCUGUUAAAUGAUACAAUUCCUAAGGCUUUUCAAAAUAUGACUUCCUUAAAGUAUUUAGACCUUUCAAUGAAUCAAUUCAAUGUUAUUUUUGAAGGUGGAAUUUCUACCUUCAUUCGAAAUAAUUGUGGUCUAAAAGUACUUGAUUUAUCGUGGAACUAUAAUCUUGGUGGAGAUGUGUUUGGAAGUCGUUAUGGGAAUCAAUCUACGGGUUGCGAUCUUCAAGUGCUUAACUUAGGAUAUACAUCUUUUAAAACCAAAAUUCCAGAUUGGUUGGGAAUGUUAAAAAGCAUGAAGUCCCUUGAUCUUGGACAUAGUAAGAUUUAUGGUCCAAUUCCGGCUUCACUUGGAAAUUUAUCAAGCCUUGAAUAUUUAGAUCUUGGACAUAGUAAGAUUUACGGUCCAAUUCCGGCUUCACUUGGAAAUUUAUCAAGCCUUGAAUAUUUAGAUCUAUCGAGGAAUGCUUUAACUGGAACAAUUCCAACCGCAUUUGGAAGAUUAUUGAACUUGAGAAAAUUGUAUGUACAAGAAAAUAGACUAAUGGAGGUGGGCAACGAAUGUUUUACCCAACUUGAGAAGUUGGAGGAAUUAGACAUAUCAAGAAACUUGCUCAAAGGCAUUCUUACAGAAGUUCAUUUUGCCAAUCUCUAUCAGUUGCAUUCCUUACGUAUUGGCUACAAUGAACUUCUUUGUUUGGACAUCAAAUCUGAUUGGAAUCCUCCCUUUCAAUUACAAGUUUUUGAUGCUUCCUCAUGUAUUGGUUGUUUUGGAGGGGACUUCCCUCAGUGGCUUCGAACGCAAAAAGCCCUUUUUCGUUUGUCGUUAUCCAACACAAGUCUCUCAAUUAGCUAUUUACCAACAUGGUUCACAUCACAUAAUCUCACUAAUUUAGAUCUUUCAUUCAAUCAAAUUAUGGGACCACUUCCUGCCAGCAUUGGUAAUCAGAUGCCCAAUUUAGAAGAGUUGUAUCUCAAUAAUAACCUUUUUGACGAUUCUUUACCACCCUCCCUUUGCCGAUUAAAGAGUUUGGUCAUCUUAGAUCUUUCCUACAAUAAGCUAUCUGGAGUGUUUCAAGAUUGCUUGUUGACUCCAAACUUGAGAAUUUUGGAUUUGUCGCACAACAACUUCUCCGGAACCUUUGCACAUUCACAUGGAAAUUAUCUUUCUAAUAUUGAGAAACUAUGCUUGAGAAAUAACAAUUUUGAGGGAUUCAUGCCGAUUGUAUUAAAGAAUUCCAAAGUUUUGUAUAUUUUAGAUUUUGAGAAAAACAAAUUCUCUGGAAACAUACCCAGAUGGAUAGGGAAUAAUCUUGAAAGUUUGGAAAUUUUAAUGCUACGAAGUAAUUUGUUCAAUGGUACUAUUCCUUCAAGUCUAUGCAAUCUCACUUACUUGAAAAUUCUGGAUCUAGCAAACAAUCAAUUGGAGGGAAUUAUCCCAUCAAAGCUCAGUAAUUUCCACGAAAUGACAAGAUCAAAAUAUAUAUACGGAGAAUCCUUCGGCUCCCUCUAUUAUUAUUGUAUGAAUGGUCGUUAUUUCGUCUAUAAUGGAGCAAAAUGCCCUGAUGGUGGAAAAUCUGUGGUACAUUUUUUCAAAUCAAGUUAUUUCAAUUACUCCUUGUUAGAUCUAAUGUCAAUGGUGAGUAUAGACCUAUCUAACAACUCUUUGGUGGGUUUCAUUCCAAGUGAAAUAACAAAGCUUAAAAACUUGAUUGGAUUGAAUUUGUCGCACAACAAUCUAAUUGGGAUAGUUCCGACCGAAAUUGGGGAAAUAGAGUCAUUAGAAUCACUCGACCUAUCUUUCAAUCAACUCUCUGGACCAAUUCCUCUAAGUUUAUCAAAACUAAAUUCAUUAGGCAUGUUGAAGUUGUCCCACAACAACUUCUCAGGCGAAAUCCCUCGAGAGGGUCAUCUCUCCACAUUCAAUGAGGCUUCAAGUUUUGACGAAAAUCCAAAUCUUUGUGGAGAUCCGCUCCCAAUGAAAUGUGUGAAAGAGAAUUCAUCAGAGUCACCAUCCAAAAGUAUUGACAACUAUCUAGAUCAAGACCAGGAAGAUAAAUGGGAGGGGUGGUUACUUUACAUAAUGAUAAUACUUGGAUAUAUAGUUGGGUUUUGGGGAGUGGUUGGAAGUUUAAUAUGGAAGAAGAGUUGGAGAUAUGGUUAUUACAAAUUUGUGGAUGAGGCCACUUACAAGGUUCAUUUAACAAUUUGGAGGAGCAUACAAUUACUUAAAGCAAUCUGCACUCCCCAAUGAGUUAGACCGUAUGAUCUUACGCUCAAUUUCGAUUGAUGACCACACCUUUGGCGACUACUUCAACAACUACCUUUGGUGGUCGAUGCUAUGAUGACCGCUUAUGCAACCAACUUUCUAGUGAUCACUCUAAAGACCAAACUCAAGUGAAGACCAAACUCAAGUGAAGACCACCCCUGGGCUACCAUGCAUGUUUAAUAGAGCUUUUUUUAAUAGGACUUUUCUUAAUAGUAAUAAAAACAUUGUGAUUAUAGCAAAUCAAACAACAUUUCCAAUAUAUAUAUAUAUAUAUAUAUAUCCAACUUGUGUAACAUUUUCGACAAGAAAUGAAAUCAAUUACCAUCAAAAUUAUUCAUUGUA